AUGAGUCUUCUCUCCACGCUCGUCUCCUUGUCAGGGGCGCCCGGCUUGGAGGCGGCGGUCAGCUUAUUGACAGCAACCUACACAGGAAUCGAGAACGUCAAGCUCUACAAGCAACAAUGUCAGGACAUGGGUGGCCGUUGCUUGAACCUCAUGGUUGCCCUACAGGAUAGCUCAAGAGGGUUGGAGGGAAGCAAGAUCGUCGAAAUUGCAGAUGAAAUAGAGGCUAUCAUAUCCCGUAUUAAUCGCAAAGUCAAGGAAUGGGGUUCUUGGAGUCGUUUGAAAAGUUUCCUUCAGCAACGCGAAAUCAAGGAUGGAAUCGACAGGUUACACAGAGAUAUCGACGCGGCCAUGAUGAAGUUCAGCAUUCAACUGGGCAUGGAGAUGAAUCGCGGUCAACUUCAGUCUAAGGCCAUUCAAGCACGCGACAAUGCAGAAAUCCGUGAUGUACUACAGAUCAUUGUCCGAAGUCAAGACGACAUGAAGGCACUUUUGUCUUCUAGUGACUCUCGGCCUGUAGAGGAGAUGAUGGAGAGCCUUCAGACUCAUUUGAUGGAUCCAGAUCUACAGCCAACACAAGAGGAGAUAUUCAAGGCUGGGUUGUGGCAGUUGCACGAAAGCACAUCCAAGUUGCCGCCUCUGACUGACUUGACGGGGCAGGUUACACUAACAUCCCAAGAGGCAGUAAUGAAGGGUGCAUACAACGACGUAUUCUUAGGCCAGUGGCUUGAUAAAGCAUCUGUUGCCCUACGAUAUCCGAGAGCCCUGGCCAAUAGCCCUGAGGUUCAAGAUAGAUUCCAAAGAGAAGUGGCGAUUUGGAGGGAGCUAGAUCAUCCUAACGUGGUCCCCUUGUAUGGCAUUGUUCACAUAAGCGACGAAUUGUACUCUGUCAGUCCCUGGAUGAACAACGGCACUAUCAUGAACUAUGUCAAGAGGUCUCCACAGGUGGAUCGUCUCAAGCUAUUGUGCGAUGCAGCAACCGGUCUUGAGUUUUUGCAUCAGCGAGGGAUCGUUCAUGGAGAUCUGCGAGGAGCAAAUGUGUUGAUAACUAAAAACGGUGUUGCCUGUCUCUCAGAUUUUGGUCUAUCGAAAUUCCUGGAAGAUUGUGGCAGGGGCUUACACCCGAAUCCAAGCAUGAAUUCAAGAUGGCACGCUCCCGAGCUGAUCGGUGAAGUAGGACAGGUCUCUACAUAUUCAGAUGUAUGGAGCUUCGGAAUGGUCUGUCUCGAAGUUCUGAGCGGUGAAGCACCGUUCAGCGAUAUGAAGCACGACGACAAGGUUCGACAGGCACUAGAAAAUGGUAACCUCCCUGAACGACCUGGACGUAUUGCCACAUCAAAUGGUCUGUCUACGGAGAUGUGGACCCUCAUGUGCAAAUGUUGGCAUAAAAGGCCAGAGUCCCGACCAUCUAUCUCAAACGUCAAAGCAUCUUUACUGGCAAUAAGAGGAAUGACACCCGCGAUAGACAGCAAGCCGACCAUCUCGAAACGCUUUGGAAUUUUUCGCAAACGAGAAGACCGGCCAUCGACCUCGAGCUCUUCCAGCGAUACGAGUGUUAUGUCUUCUGCCUCCACCCACAAGCGGCACACACAUCAGUUUUCUCCUUCUAUCUCAAUACCAGAGGCUGUCCCACCUUUAUUCAUCUCAACAAAUGAGGGACUGACCAGAAACUCAAGGCCGAAGAUCACCAGGCCGCAUACCUCUUCUAGCUCAAGCCAAGAUGCAGCACUCCUGGCCGAUGUAAAUCGAAACAUAUCUCAAUAUCCUAUUUCUCCUCUCUUCAGCACCUCUCAUAUCUCCCCCGGAGGUCCGCCCCGAUUAGAGCUUCCACAUCUUUCAGUUUCCUCACCUGCCCGUAUCGGUGCCUAUUUCCCAGCAGAAGCCCCUCGGGGGCGCCAAGCAAGCGAUGCUUCUCUUAUAUCCCCGUUAAAGAGUGCGAGUUCUUCGGACUCUGGUGUCCACUUUAGCGGUCCAGUCCACGAGGCCAAAUCGAAUACCCGUUGUGUCGUUUACAUUAACGACGGUACGGUGUCGGCUGGCUCGUUGGAAGGUUUGGUGCAACGCCUGAUUACGAACUUCAACUCUCAGAAAGACAGGGAAUAUCGCGACGCACUGCUGACUGCAUGUGCCGACUUUGCAGCUUCUGAAGAUCUCUUCGGGAUACUCUCUCGCCACUUUUACCAAGCGGAGUCGAUAGAGCAUCCUGAAGACAGGGUGGCGGUGCAAUACAACAUCCUGCUUGUGAUCACCUACUGGAUAUCCCAUCGGAGUCUCCCAACAGAUGUCCAACUACUCCGGCAAAUGUCUAGUUUCUGUGAUUCGGCCAUUCGUAUGAAGACUGCUGCCGCGAUGAUCGACAAGGCCGAGGACCUGAAGCGCCUGAUUGAAGUUAGGCUCAAUGGCGACCCUUCGAGUUCUUCGAUCCACUUGUCACCUGGCAGAAAGAUGCUGUCAUCCUCCCAGAUCAAACCGCAAGACUUGGCCAUCGCGCUGACACUCCUUGAAGGAGACAAGUACAAGGCGUUACUUCCCUCAGAUUACAUCGCACAUCUUGGACAACACCAAGGGUACAACAACGUCAAGGCGGCCUAUACGACCAACAACAAGAUUAUCGCCUGGGUCAAGGAUUCUGUACUACACUAUGACAGCGUUGAAAAAAGAGCAGACGUUCUCAAGUUCUUUAUCAACACGGCAAUUGAAUGUCGAAAAUUGAGGAAUUUCUCGUCUUUGGUUGCAAUCACAACAGCGCUCCAUUCAUCACCAGUCGAAUCUUUGAAGCUCACCAAGUCGGCACUGACGCUCCAAAUGCAAGGAAAACUCGACGCCUUAUACGACAUCAUCAACCCAUCGUUCAAUCAUCGCGGAUAUCGAGAAGCUCUCAACGAUGUUGCUAGUGCCAGAGAGCGAGACUGCUGCGUCCCAUGGCUUGCUGUUCACCUGAAGCAGCUACACAUUGUCCUGCAGAACUAUCCCAUGACCGUCCACGUCGAUGGUCAAACCCUUGUGAACUUCCAACGGUAUAUCAAGCUCAUUGACCGAAUCAAGGAGGUUGUCCACUACCGACCGCCUGACCUUGAAAGCUAUCGCAAUCAGGGCCAGCUGGCGUAUCUAGAGAAUCAGCUGCGCAAUCUGAAGAUGUCAGAACAUAAGGACGACGAGCUAGUGUUGCGGAGCGAGUUGCUUAGAAAAAGUGAAGAACGAGAUUACCGUACGCGCAAACCCCAACUCAGGACGCUGGGGUUUAGAGUGUAG